AGGGAGACAGAGAGAGAGAGAAAGAGAGAGAGAGAGAGAGAGAGAGAGAGAGAGAGAGAGAGAGAGAGAGAGAGAGAGAGAGCUGAAGUCAUCAGCCGGCCGGCAGGAGAGGAGUGAAUGGGACCUGCACGCCAAGCAGAAAAGCUGCGGAGAUUUCCUUUGGUUCAGUUGCCUGACUGACGCGGACAGAGAGCGAAAGGAGCAAAGAGAAUUGCUUUAACUAAUCUGUUUUCCUCCUUGUGUGAAUACUUUGCUCGUCCUGAGGUGGCUUUAACCUCUUGUGCAUCACCUGAUGCUGAGAGAGCCUAACGCUGACUUCCUCCGCGCGUUUGGCACAUUAAGGUCUCCACACACCGGGACACACGGAGCAUCUCCGGAGAGAGACAGGGGGAAGGUCUAUCCGGAGUUUCCACGCAUGGAUACUAUAAGUCAAACUUUUUAAAGAUCUUUUUUUUUUUAAUAGAACCCUGAUUCAAUUCAACAUUUGGACCUGCACUUAUGAUCGAUUUGGCAUUCCACCUGCAAGCACCGGAUGACAAUCGAGCUUUUUCCCGUCUUUAUUUGUUUGUGUCUUAUUUCUGAGGGAAUGUUCCUUAUCACAGCACGGAUAACGGAUCCCUGACUCGACCUGGCUCAUAUGAAGAGCCUCUCCAGGAUGUUACAGUCUAAGCGGCCCAGACAUCGUUGGGCCAGCGUCCACUACAAUCACCACAUAUCACCACAUAGCCGGGGGUCCUGCUGUGUGUAGGAAUUAAUCUCUGCCCUCCGCACUCUGCCUCCAGCUGAGGCAAGAAAAAGGAAUCGUUUCCUACAAGUGUUUGGUGAACAUUGACAUUGGCUUUACAAGUCUCAUCUCUGGGCUACUAUGCAAUUAAAACUGAUCUCCUUUGUUUUGAUCAUCUUGCACUGCAUGGAUUAUACUGGUGGUCAGCAGCACAGCAGCUCCAGGCACCGGCAACAUAAACGUGAGUAGUAGGGGUUAAAUGCACAGCGAGUUUUUCAGGUGCAAAUACGAUCCAUGUUUGCUUUGUUUUAUUUUCUCAAAUUUUCGUUACUGUAAUAAAAAGUAGGCUAUUUAUAUUUCCUACUCAAAGAGGGGUCAAACAAGUUUCAAAAACACUUCACAUUUCUCCCAACAAAACAUGGGUUCUUAUUUGAAGUCAGUUUUAAAUAUCCUAAUAAAGGAAGCAGCACUGGGUAAAGUGCCUUAUCUGCAGGCGACCAAGAGGUCACCAAACAACCAUUCACAGGCGCACAACUCAGAGAGAGAGAGAGAGAAAGCGGAGGGCAAUUUUCCAGUGGUCUUAUUCUUUUCUUUUGAUACGACAAAACAAAUCUCCUUUAUUUUUUUUAUUUUGAUCUCUUUAAGAUAGAAAUAAAAACUAAAACAAGCAGCGAAUUUAUCGGUAUUACGCAUCAUUUACGCAUUUAUAAAAGAAGAUAACAGACCCGUUUUAAAUUAUAAGUUCCCACAUUUCCAAACGCCAACACCUCUGUAUCGUGAGUGAUUUAAACUCUAGUUAUUUUGCACUUUACAUUUUUAUUGAAAAGUUGCGGGAACAAAAUGUUAAUCUGGAUGACUUUGGCAAAUUUAAGGAGAAGCUUCAGCCUGUUAACUUACCUCGUCUAUUGCAGAUGUGUUAAUCAAUAAAACCAUCCCUUUUAAGUCCACUUUUAUUUGUUUUUUAUCUUGAGUUGGAUUAAGUUGAUUAACUCGUUGCUCUGCCUGUCACCUGAAGCCUGCAGUGAGUCGUAUCACUUUGCGCUCGGUCUCCUGGUUCCCGUCGCUCUCUAGCGGUCAGAGCUGCAGACUUCAAGCACAGAGUGUGGGAGCUAUUCAAGUGUGUGUGUGUGUGUGUGUGUGUGUGUGUGUGUGUGUGUGUGUGUGUGUGUGUGUGUGUGUGUGUGUGUGUGUGUGUGUGUUAAAGUCAGGACUGGGUUCGGGUUGAUCUCUGUUCAAAAGCGUAUUCACAGCUUUAGUUCCUGCCUGUGUUUGAUGUAGUAGCCUCUUAGUUGUAUUUAUUUCUUUACACUGACACAUUCUGAAAUUUAUGGGGAAACUUUCUCCUGGUAUUGGCUCACAUCUCUGAGAAAGCAGCAGGGUUCACCUCUAUGCCAGUCAGAAAUAGAACUCAGAAUCAUAUUUCUCAAUAAUGUCCUCUCUUCUUCUUCACUGCUCUUUAAAGUACAUCCCCACAGCUCCAAAGAAACACCAGAGGUGUUCCAUUAUUCAAAGCCUCUUCACUCUGUUGGUAUUUCUUCUCCCAUAUAUCUCCUCAGAAUCCAACUUGAUGUCUCUUCUCAUGAGCUACGACCAACCUUUUUCCAUCACAUUAUGAAACAACUAUCAAUAUAGUAUAUUUUUCUAUUCUUCCUACGCACACUUUAUCGCUGAGGGUCUCCAGAUGUGCUCUGGGACUGAGCCUGUUGGAGAAGUGCAGUGAUAGCCGGAAUAUUCCAUGUAUCACUCGCCAGCAUGGCUGAAAAAAAAAAAAAAGUGAGCUAAAAUUGUACACAUUAGAAGUGAUGUUUUUAUCCCGGCCACCUGUGGCUGAAAGUCUCCUAGAAUUUCAUCACACAGCUUGGAUCAGGUAGAUUCUACUUGUUGGUUUUGAAGUGAAAGUGUUUUUGUGAAAGCAGAGAGUAAGAGUGUUUAGGGUUAACAACAUUGUGUUUAUUUCAUGGUUUGAAGGAGGUCUAGGGUUAUUUUUGGAGUCGAGUAAACUUGGAGAACAGAGCUUGGAUUGCUUUAGUGUUCUGCAGGGUGACACAGCUUGAUAGGUCGGUUUUGAAAUGCCGCAAAGGGACAUUUAAAGGCAUCAGACCUUCAGAAGAAAGACGUGAAAAUGUGCCUUUCCCUGACUGUUGACUUCCUUCAAUUUAAAGUUGUGUCAUCUCUUAAAUGAUGCAGGAUAUGACCAUGUUUUGAUGUCUGCAGUAAACUCCUCUUAGCAACCAGACAUAAGGAUUCUCUGUAAGUGUUUAUUUCCCCUUAAACAGAAUUAAAGAGGCUCUCAACACAGUGUGAGGGAGGAGGGGGAGCAGGAGGGUCUACUGAGAGGAUUCAGGAUUCCGUUUCUUCAAUCACACUCGUACUCUGAGAUAAAAAGCACUACAUGUAAGAUUUUGAAAGAAGAAAAACUUGGAUCGUUGGAAGCAGAUGAAACCUUUUCACAUUCAGCCAGUCAAUACAGUCAACCACGAUGCAGUUUUUCAAAUCAGAUAACUGACGUAUCGGCUCAUUUUCUGGAAGGUUUGAUUCAACUUCUCCUUUUCCGGAUGACUCAUUAAUUGACGAGUGCUUCUUAGAAUCCAAACUUCCGCCGAGGAUGCAGAUAUCUCACACUUGCAAAGAUAGGAGGGAGGAUGGAGGGAUUAGUUGGUGAGGGGGUGAAUGAGUGCAGACUUCAUAGGGAACAAAGGGGGUAAGAGCGGGCUGGGAGUCAAUGACCAUCAUGUCAAUGGGUCAAAAUUACCAGGCAGGAACUGAAUCCCAGCUCUGUGCUUCCUGUCUGUGAUGAUGCAUCCAGAAGUGAAGCAUGUGGGUGAUAACAGCAGGAAUGAUACAGUCGGUUUCAGAUAGCAGGUUAAUUUAGACUUUGAUUUCAAGAAUAGUGAAGAAAAUAAUCAUUUUAACUUCUAUCAUAAUGAACUGGGUUAGGGUUAUGCGCUGCAAGGAUGUGAAUGUGUUUAUUCAUAAGUGACAUUGUCAGUACGUUAUGCAAGACACCUCCAUCCUACUGAGGUUUCAUUGGUGCAAGUGUGAGGGGAAGGCUGAAUUCCUGCGCCUUCAGACUUCUGUGAAUCAGGGCGGCUUGGCAGGAACACAUGUGGGCAAAUGGACAGCAGUUGUAAAGAUUGUCGAGGUAUUUCAAACAAAGUGUCUGUGAUCUAUGUUAAACUGGCAGCUUAACCCAGAACAGAGAGGAGGAGGAGGAGGAGGAAGAUGGCUAGGAGAAACGGGUGGUAUUGGUGCCAACAUUGAAAACUGAUCCAUGUAGCAGUUAAAUGGCUUACUUUUGAUUUGAUCACCAUGUCUGACCACCGCAACACUUUAAAACAAUGACUUUAGGACUGCAGCACAAAUACAACUACUUGCAUGACUGUUGUCUCCACAUAGACUCCCCGCCACAGGUGUCACUCUUGAUAUAGGUCAUCUCUGAGUUCUGUCUGAUCAUGAGGUCCUGCAGCAAUUUGUGGAUUUCAUCAAAGCAGUCAGUUCUCUGUUACCAUUUUGAUCGACUUUCUCUCUCACGCUACGUCUGCUGAGGCCAAACAAGUAACUGUCAAGAAUGCCAUAAAGCUUUUCCUGGAAGCUAAAAGGAAAAACCCACUCUGAAUGUAUUUCUCCCUCAGUUCUUAUGGACUUUAAGCCAUUUGUUUCUUUCUUUUGAUUGUUUGCAUGCUAUAGUAGCACCACAGAUACCUGUAUGUUAUAAAGCAUGAUCAUUUUGAAAUAUACAGUCUGUUGCAAUUUUUGGACACUUAAAAUGAUUGAAGCCUUAAAUACCAGCUUUAUUCUUGGCAGGCAGAGUUUGGUGAAUCAAAAUAUUGACAAGUGUAGCCUUUAAAAAAACACCCCUGUUAAAGCUCCUGUAAGGAACUUUUUGUAAUUUUUUUGUUUUGUUUUGUUUGUCCUCUCCAUACUUGAGUAAUAUCUUCUGACACUAAUCUCAUCCUGCUGACUUUUGAUGGUCAAGCGAUUCAUUCAUUUUGACUGUCUUUUAUGGAACAUGUAAAAAAAACAGCUGCUUGGCUGACACCGACCCACUCAAACCAUUUUCCUAUGUUAAAAAUUACAUAAAAAAAAAAAAAAGAUAAAUCUUGUUUGCUUUUGUUUAUACUAAAAAGACAGCAAUAUGAAUUUAAGUCUGUUUCAUAAUUGUCAAUCAACUCCUCACAGGAGCUUUAAUUGCCUCAAAAACUAAACACCACUGAGCUGUGCCGACCGAGAUUUGUCUGAUUUGUCUUUUGUGAUUGUAUUUAUAGGAAUCCUUGAUGAAACUGAGGAUAUUUUUGACUUUCUUCAUCCUCUUUCUUGAGAAAACAUGACUCAACAAACAAAAAUAAGCAGAAAUAUUUUUAAAGAAAGAAAAAGGGUUUUCAGGGUCUUAAGGAAAAAAACAAAGAUGGACUGGUCCCUCAUAUAAACCUGUGAAGUCACUUUACUUGCCAGGGAUCACCUUUAUUCUUCUGUUUGCUGAAACUAGUGCAACACAAACCUGCAGAAUUGUUGAUCACUUGAGAUUGGUGAGUGAAGGAUCAUAACGCUCACUGUUGUUACAGGAUUAAAUGUGAAAAAAAAAGUGCGCUUUAAAAACCCACCAAAGCACUAAGAGUUUGGAGCUAAUAGUGCAGUAUGCUGGUAUUGCAAAGUUACGCAUAUCUAUACAGCAUAGAGGAUGGAGUCUGAGCUGAGCUGGACUGUUUCAAAUAUACACUCUGUGAAAACUUCCUUCGUGUGGGUUAGACUAUUUUAAUGUCGUUAUCAGUCAUAUCCUGUUUUGUAGCUGGCAUCACAACAAAACCAUAUGAAACAGUGAAACAAGAAAUGAAAUACACAUUGCUCUUUUCAUAAAUGGUAUUUAUAACACAUGCUAAACAUGCUUUCAUCUGUUAACUGUUUAUAAGCUUUAGGUGACUGUAAUCUGUAAGUGUACAACUAUAAUUUUUAAAUCAGUUCCAGGUGUUACUUUUCUUUGUUCCUGGCUCAUUUUAGGUUGAAAGAUAAAUUCUAAGCACUUUGGCAAAGCAAUGCGGAUAAAAGAAGAUGAAUGAAAGGAAAGGAAAAGAUAAAAUACUUUUUCACCACACAGGGUCUCAUUGUCAGGGGCCUAAAACCAGUCUCUUUGGUUGGUUUUUGCAGUAUUGAAAAAAUACAGUGAGGACCUUACAUUUAUAUGUAACUAUUUUUUUUUAUUUUAUUUUAAAGUUGAAUUAAAAAAAAAAGUUGUCUGAGAGUCAGGGGGUUUAACUCUUUUCAGCUGUGGAAAUGACAGAAAAGUGAACUCCAACUUUGAGCUUUAAAUAGAGGCUGGCUCAUCAUAGCAUCGACAGACACCUGUACAGUUAACUGUGGAUUCUCAAAGGUUGUUGUUGACACUCUUCUCUGUCACAGAGAUAUCUGGUGUGAGCCCGGGGUGUCAGCAGGGUGGCUGUCUGACCUGCUCCGACUACAAUGGCUGCCUGUCCUGCAAGCCGCGCUUCUUCAUACACUUGGAGAGGAUUGGGAUGAAGCAGAUCGGGGUGUGCUUGACUUCCUGCCCUCCGGGGUUUUACGGCACACGCUCCCCAGAGAGAAACACCUGCACAAGUAAGCAGCACCAACAUGUCUCUGGAAUAGAGUGAUGAGUCUUGAGAUGGUGUUUUAAUAGCUGGACUUGACCUUGGUGUUGUAAAUCCUUUUUUUAAACAAACACAUGCAGAAGUCCCUCAGACUGGUCUUGAGUUUAUUGUGGCCUUUUAACAGUGUGUUUUACUUCCACAUAAGCACAAACACAACAAGUCUGGUUGGCUCAGAGACACUGUGUAAAUAUGUCUUCCCUUGUGUACUAUAGUUUCAUGACCCACUCAUAAAGUGCAGCAUUAUGUGGUAUGCACACAUCAGGUCGUAAAACAAGAAACCUGCUCAGGAUGUUUCCUUUUGGUGAUGCUGAAUUAAACUCUCUGUUGAUUCAGCUCAAAUAAUCAAAAAGCAAACUUAAAGACAUAAAUCUGACUGUACUAACCCAUAUUCCUGACGCACACACACACACACACACACACACACACACACACACACACACACACAUGCUGACACCCUGUAUAUUUAACAUGCCGGACUCUUGUGCUGCUAAGUAAACUCUGGUGUUGGGUCUGUGUCUGUGUUAGAGUGCAGGUCAGAGUGCGACUCCUGCUUCAACAAAAACUUCUGCACACGCUGCCGAGCAGGAUUCUACCUUCACCUGGGCAAAUGUCAGGAGCACUGUCCUGAGGGGCUGGUCCGCAGCGACACACAGAGGGAGUGUGUUCCCAGUGAGUGUUUACAACUUUGAUUUAUCAGACACAUGGACCAAACACAAGGUUUGCCCUUGAUUUAUCUCCACUCACCUUGUAUUUAUCCUCAUUAGCCAUGUGGAGAUCACCAAAUAAACCGACUUUGGAAUGAAGCCUGAAAUGUGUUUAUGUGUUACAUUUGGCCUCCAUUUUCAGAGAUACACCCAUGUGCUUUUGUCUUCACAGAGUGUCCUGCAGAGUGUGAGUCGUGUGUGAAUGGUGAAACAUGCACACAGUGCCGCCCAGGCCUGUACCAGCUAAGCGGGAGGUGCCACCAUGUCUGUCCAGAGGACUACGAGCCCAAUGACAAACUCAUGGAGUGCACAGCACAAGGUCAGCACAGUGUGUGUGUGCGUACAUGUGUGUCCGAAGAAAACAACCAUCUGAAAUAGCUGUCCUCUUGACCCUGAUGCAUUUUGUAGAAAACAGGGAAACUUCAAAAUAAAAUGUCUUCUCUUUGUCCUUUGUCCUCUGUCAGUGCACUGUGAGGUGGGUGAGUGGAGUGAGUGGAGUCCCUGCUCUCGGUCUGGUAGAACAUGUGGGUUCAAAAGGGGCCAGGAGACCCGUACACGACUGGUCCUCCAGUACCCAUCUCCCUUUGGAAGCCCGUGCCCCGAGAUCUCAGAGAUCAAAGAGUGCGUGGUCAAGAGGAGGAAAUGUCCAGGUAAGGAAAACUAUAUUGUUGAGAAGCAGAGUGUGUUUGUGUUUCAGAGUGGGUCUGACACUGCUGUGUUCCAGCAUCUGAACUCAAAAUACAAGAACAAUGAUCAAUUGAAAUUUUAGAAAAAUUUAAAAGUAAUUGAAGGAAACUUUGUGAUAUUUUCUUUGAUUUGGGCCCUUGCACAGCAGCGGUGGUGGCCGGUGGUAAUACUGGGUGGGAAGGCAGCUAUACACAUAUGAGAGUCCAAGUUCCAGCAGAGCACUACAACACCUCAUAGAAGUGUUUGAUGCCAAAAUGUGCCUUUACCUGCCUUUCUUUUUGUUCCUUUUUGAUUGUAAAUGCUUGUUUUUCUUUACAGGCAGUGUUAACUUCAUCCCGCAUACAGAGAAGGCUAGAUAGCUCUGUGCUUUUUCGGAUAUGAGUUGUGCUGCAUUCAUGCUCUCCAGUUUUGUCCGAUGAAGCUUAAUAUCCUCAAUUCAAAGAGUUGACCUCUCUUAUAAUAUAGGACAGUGAAUAUUCAACUACACUGGCUGUUAGCCAGUCCUCUUGUUAAACCAAAGAAACACAAAACUUGCAAAUUUGCCAUGUGUCCUUUUGUGUUUUCUGGAUAUUGUUUGGACAACAAGUCCUCAGUCUUUAUCACCUGCUAUUUGUUUUUCUGAGGACAUAAAUUAUUUAGUUUUUCCUGUGAUUUCCAAAUUACUCCCUUCUUUGCCCCCUUUUGCACAGUUAGCAUCCCUACAGUCUGCCAUGCUACGGUCAUGUCAUUGGUAAAAAGCUGAUAGCCUGUGGGCUGAAUUAAUCUUGCCCAAAUGAUUGGCUAAUGAAGGGGAGUCUGUCAUUUAUGCAAUAAAAGUAAAUGAAAGAGGAUGACACAGUCCUUAAGCUGUAAAAAAAAUAAAUAAAAUAAAAUAAAAUAAUAAUAAUAAUAAUAAUAAUAAUAAUAAUAAUAAUAAUAAUAAUAAUAAUAAUAAUAAUAAUAAUAAUCCCAUUAAAAGAUAUUACAUAUUUUUCUUUUACGCUAUGGGUUUCACCGAAAACUAAAACACUGCUUUAAAUUUUCUAAAUGUUUAUUUAAAAAAAUAAUAAUAAUAAUUAAAUAUAUUUAUUUAUUUUCCUUUAUUGUUUGAGGGAUGGAUAGUUUCGCCCUGUAAACUCAUUUAUACCAGCCGGCAAAUGACCUAAUCAUCAGAAUAUCAAGAAAGUCGCAAUUAGGCUGUUUACACCCAGUACGAGCAUCAGCUGCGGUUUUUAGAGGCCAUUAGCUACAGGUGUUGAGCGUUGACUAACUUUAGUUGAGAGGAGUAAUUGGGGGCAGCUGAAGGGGUUAUUCUUUUGGCUGUGGGUUAGUGUUUCAUUGUGUUCAAUAAAAUGCACCAGCUGACUCUAUAGAGCCAUUAUGUGGCCGUGCUUUCAUUGGCUUAGAAAACAAAUGAGUGUGUUUCGGCUAACGUUGCAUCAGGUAUAGUUGCCACUGGCGAUACAGUUAUAUGAGUCCAACUCCUGCUCUAACUUGAGCAUUUUCAUGUGCUAAACAAGAGGGAUGCUAAAGAAGAGCGAUGUACCACAGAGGCUUGAGAAACAGUCUCAACAGUAUAAUGAAAUGUUUUUUAGACAUGGUUUUGGUAUUGACUUGCAUGGUCAUCAUCGCUCAGAUGCUUAACAAGAUGAUCAAGAUUGAUAUCAUUGAAUCAACUUCUGUGAAACAUUCCAGACACUGUCUGUUGUUGUUGUUGCUGUUGACCCAUCUCUGCCAACAUUGUAUUUGUGACACAUGCCACAAUUUCUGCUCUAUGAAUUCCAGACUCUGCUGCUCCAGCUUGUACAAUCAGAGCGUCUCGCUCUUCCGCUCAGGACUCUGGCUGUUUACUCAGAGGAUUGUCAUUGUGGUUGGAGGGAGGACAGUGGGGGGAAUACACAUGUGAGAUGUCGCAAUGGGUCUGUUGUGUGUUUUCCCACGAGACCUCUUUAGACUUUUAAAGAGUAAAACCGCUUUCUCUGCUCCUAGUAAACAAGGAAUAGCGUGAUCAUUUCUAAUGAAGGGAGUGAAAACUACUUUCAGACGGGGCUAGUCUCUGCUUAAACCCUGAUGCUGGUGCAUUUACGAUGGGUUUGUGUUCUGCGUGCUCUGCGUGUGUGUGGUUACUGAGCGGGUUGGAGGCUACGGAUGGUUGUUUUUUAGCCUGAGCACUGUAGUGUUAAAUGACAGAUCGCAGACAGGGUAGGAGGCUGAGAUCCAGCCCCCCGGGGCCUCACACUUACAGAACAAACACAGUGUGUGUAUACGUGUGUGUGUGUGUGUGUGUGCGUGUGUGUGUGUGUGUGUGUGUGUGUGUGUGUGUGUGUGUGUGUGUGUGUGUGUGUGUGUGUGUGUGUGUGUGUGAUGCAGCAGAAAAGCAGUUGACUCUGGAGCAGAAACAGCCAGUUCAACAUCAACAUCCUCCCCAUGGGAGGCACGCGGCGACCAGGGGAUCAGUAUUGGUUUAUCCCCGCAGUUGCCAAUACACAUACGCACACACAUGCAUACACAACUGCACACAGAAAUGCAAACCAAGACAUGCAAACAAAAUCCAGUUACAAAUCUACCCUUAUCCACUUCAAAUAAGUCAGACAAAUGCACCAAUUCAUAGCUGCACGCUCACUUUGGCACACUGAACACAAACACACACAUAAACACACAGACUCUUGCACAUACCAUCUCUGUGUCACUAAAAUAACUACACAGCCGUUGCUCUUGGUGGUAAUUUGUGAAGAGAGUCAACUGGGUCGAUGUGAUUUGUAAGGCAGACUGUGAAAUGUGCCCUCUGUGAGACCCCUCUAUCCCUCACUCGCUCACUUUCUAUCUGUAUCUCUCUACUGAUCCACUCUCAGCUUCAUCCCCUACACACACACACACACACACACACACACACACCAACUCUCUACCACACCAAAGAAAACAUAGACCCCAGUUUAAGCUCCCUAUUGGCGCUCCCAGUCAGCCGCGUCGGGGCCGAGACUUUAGUGUGGAGGUGGUGGCUCUGUUGACCUAGCCUGAGCCUGGUGAAGGGCAGCGGAUAGAGGAGGAGACAAGGAAGGAAUGAAGGAAUGAAGGAAAGAAGGAAAGAAGGAAGAAAUGAAAGAAGGAAGGAAGAAAGAAAGAAAGAAAGAAAGAAAGAAAGAAAGAAAGAAAGAAAGAAAGAAAGAAAGAAAGAAAGAAAAAAAAGAGAAAGAAAGAAAGUUUGUAUUGCCCCCACUUGUGAUUACCCAGUUGCCCCAGCUCCAAGAGCAUCUGCGGUGAAUGAGAGCUAAUUAUCUGCUUCGACGCGUCCUCUUCUCGCUGUUUACGUUCUGCACACGCUAGGGGGUCAGUGGUCCGACCUCAGAGAGCCCCCGGUAAUCCUCCAGCAGCCCUCAGACACUGAUACAUCCUCCUCCUCCUCCUCCUUCCUUUCCUCCUCUUUUUGCACUUUCUCCAGUUGUCCUUUUCUCCCCCUCCACCCUGCCCCCUUUCUUCCUGUUCUUUUCACUCGCUGCUUUGUUUUAGUCCCCCCUCGUAGCAAAUUGCUGAUUUUGAUUUCUUACACCAACCUGUUGCUCCUUUUGGUUAAAGUUUUAUCUUUCCUUGUCUUAAACUCUCCCAAAGGUCUUAAAAAAUAUCACACUCCAGCUUCAGCCAGCUGUUGAUUCGCUCAUCUUAGCUCAGCGUUAGACUCAAAACAGGAUCUGUUUGCUAUUUCGUGUGUCCAAACUUAUAAAAAAAAUUAAUUGACAAGGACUUUAGAAGCUCAUUGUUUAUCAAAUACUUUGCUUUUUCAAUCCAUACACAAACUAAAAAAAUGUAAUAUUAUUGGUCAUGCAGAGUUACAAGCUAAAGCUAUCUCCUGUGGCAUGAGGCAAACUCUCAUAACUUUAAACAAAGCCGGGCUAGCUUGUCUCCACUGCUUGGAGUCUUUGCUGUAAGCCACCGUAAUCCAUGCCUGGCUCCACUUUCAAAUCUUCUCCACAGUUAUAAAGUGGUGGCAAUUUGUCGUAGAACUUUCUACAACAAUGAAAAUGUUCCCAAAAGUUAGAUUAAGUCUUUUUCUAGAUUAAGUUGGCCAGUAGCAACAGCUUUGCAACUUCACAUUGGGCCUUAUUAGCAUCUGAACAAUGUUUUAAAUCACGUGUAAGAAUCAUUGCAAAACUAUAGAAAACAUGCUGACAUAUUCAGAUUUGGAUUCACAAAAACUUGGCCCUGUUCCUGUGCUAUCAACAGCCAGAGAUUGUGAAUGUUUACACACACAUCCUUGUCCGCCGCAGUCUCUCUUCGGUUAAUCCUGGCUAAUUUGUCCUUCGAUGGACCUGCGGUUCACCUCUCUAUCUCUGUAACAGGAUAGAUCAUGUGCAAACCUUGCCCCCCCACCCCCCCUACCCCACACACACACACAUGCACCAGCUACACAAACUCACACACUCACAUAGAGAAACAUACAGUUAAACAAAGCCAGCAUCAACAAGUCCGUGAGGCAGUGAGGGGGAAUUGAUACACGUACACAUUCACACACUUACACAGCCCCCCCGUGACAUCCUGGCGGACAUGCGGCAGGCAUUCCACUUGUGGGACAGCCCAUAGCCUUUAAUCCCAGCCUGGCUCCCGCCAAAAGCUCCCCGGACGACAGAACGCCUGCCACGGAGGAUGUGCCACCAUAAAAUACACAAUGCUCCUCCAACCGCAUACACAUAUACACACAUACCCACAGAGCACCCCUUACCCUCAGUGCCCCUUUGCCCUCCAUUUCAUCUCUCUAUUUCUCUCAUUUUGCUUUUGUAGUUCAUUCAACACUCUCUCUGGAUUAUAAUGUAAUUUGCCUUUUCAAUCACUCUCUUUUUCUGUACCCAGCAUGCUUUUUCAUUCGUCGUACCAGCGUACACACAAACACAUGUAUACACACACACACACACACACACACACACACUGACACAGGGCACUAGUCUCAAUGUGUUAAGCCUCUCUCUGUGCUCUCACUGAAGUACACUGACUCCUGUCCUUCAUGACACGCUGCAGUGAAUUUCUAGAAGUUAUAUUAAAGCCACAGACAUUUUCAGCUGGUGCACUCUCUAUCUGCUGUUUGUGCAGGCAGAGAUCACAGAAGGGCCAAAAGGGGACUGUAUUUUGACCUGUUACAAGCAAUUUCAAAAAACGUUUUUCAGGUGUUUCUGUGACUAAUAUUAACUGUUUGUUGAAUUUGGGAAUAACUUUUUAUGUAACCCAAUAGAAGUGGAUGAUAAAGCUUUGACUGGGUGAGAUUUAUGAUUUGCACAGUUCAAAGCUCCAGUGAGGACCCUCUUAGGAUAAAGCAGUCUUUGCUUGUCCUGUCCUCAAUAUGCUUAGUCAGGGUCUGCAGACAAAAAAAAUGUAUUGCUCUGCAACUGUCUAAUGUAUCACUGGAUAUUUUUUAUCAGGAAACUAAAAAAAAGGCCGCCCUCUUGCACUGAUAACUAAUGUGUAAAAAUCAUCUGCUUUGUUGCAAAUGGUUUUAUUUGCUUUUGGAGAUCAUUAAAAGGCAUCAGUAUGAUUUUCAGCCUGUUUUUUAAAUGUCAAACAACUCCUCGCUGUGUAGCCAGUGCGAGGACAAAACUCAGACUUAUAAUGAAUGCGUGACUUCAGGUUAAAAAGUAAGCCCAUAAGAAAUCUGAUGGUAUUUUUUAUUUAUUUUUGGACAAUAAAGGAGUCUGUGCUUUAUUGCUUGAUAGAAAUUAAAACUUUUAGUUAUAUCAAGGUUUUCUCAGUCAGUGCUGUUGAAAGAAAAUAAAGGCUUUAACAUCUAUGUAAUUGCAAAUUUUCCCUCAUCGGCCGGGAUUUAACCAAAUGGUUGAAGCAACUUUUGUCUGCCAAAGUUUCAUCUUGAGCAUAAGGGUUUUAGGCGAACCUGACUCAGUUCAAUACUUCGUCUCACCAAAGGUCACCUAUAAAGGUGGCAUUUUGUAGAUUUUCUCUUUUCUUGCUCUAACUGCAGUAGCAGUAGUUGAAUUAAGUAGAGAUAACUUAAGGUCACUGCACCUCAGCUGUUGGUUGUCAAUAAAAAGUACAGCUAUCCAUAAGUGGAUUGUUCGGACAGUGACAGUACAUGAGGCUAGGCUGAUUGUAUCUUGGCUUAGUGCAGAAGAAGGAAGAGGGAUGAUGGAGAAAGAUGGAAUUUUACAGCCUCUAAAUCAAGUUGUAUGGAUUUCUGUUUGAACUAGAGUGGGAUCAGAGUAAAGUAAAUGGGCCUAAGGUAAGCACACAGACUCGCUUUCUUAAAUUCAUCUCGUAAAAACACGCAAGGCUCUUGAGGACUGCACAAAUGUAGUGUUUUAAAAGUAAACAUGCAACACUACCCUGCGUUCCAGUUACCUUGGAAAUCAGAUGUCGGAGCUGGGAAUGAUGUUCCACUCGAUUUGAUGGUGUUACAGUUAACAAGUCGGAAAACCAAGAUGGACGCCCACAGUUAGCCGUUGUUAGCUGUAGUUUACAAUUGUCAGCUGUCGUUAGCUGUUGUUAGUUGUUGUUAGCUACACCAGUUGUAAACAAUGCAUAACAGUAUUUUACUCUUACAAACACCAUAGCACCGUGUUCACAGUUAGACGUUGGGCAGCACAACAUAUACCACAUAUUGAUUUCAUAAACACAAAACAAAAGUGCUAAUAACUAAAACAUUAUGAGAGCUUUCACUGUUACUCUUUACUGUUGAUGCACUGCGCUGCCAUCUUGGACUAUGACGUUGAUGUCAAGUCGGGGUUGGUAAGGAUCGUCCGACUUCAGGGGUGCAUUCCAGAAUAAUUUCCGAUUCGGAGCUUGGAAAUUCCGACUUCCAGUACAACUAGAACGUAUAAUUAGAAACUAUAAAGUAUAAUUGAAUUGUUUUCGCCAUAACUGGUGCAAACAAAACAUGCCAGAAUAACUUUUGCAAGAAUAUGAGUAGUUUUUGAUCCAUUUUAGAGGAAACGUGAUGUACUGCAGCUCUUACUACUGCAGAAUAGUGUGUUUUUGGCAGUGAGAUUGUGUUCAAGUUUCAGGUCUUGUACCCAAAGUCAGCCACUCAUUUACUGUUAGACUUCUGAUGACAUUAUUUAUUAAAACUUGGGUUUUUUGGAUUGCACUCAGUGUCUGUUGUAAAUGAUCCUCUAAAGGUGUGUCAUUUGUGGACCAUUACACUUAUGUCAGCACACAGUUUACAGAAAGCCCAUCAGACACUGUUCCAGCUAACCAAACGCAGGUUGGUUUGAUAAACACGCUCCUAAUCAUCUCAACACGGGUACGGAUUAGGUUUCUCCUCUGGCUUGACAAAAGCACGGGGGCUACAGUAUGACUAAUCCACUGAACUUGUAAAUAGUUGUAAAUGGUGUCAGGGCAGAGAAAACAAUGAGAGCGAAGGGGACUUCCUGUGUUUAUAGAGGACAGGGGGCAGACUCCAGUGAGUCAGUGCACCAGAUUACUCCAUCUGUCAGUUCCAUCCAUCCAUGCAUGAGACAUCCACUUAUUUUUGAUUUGGAUUCUUCGGACCUUUUAUUGUCUAAAAGGAAACACUGUAAUCUCUGUAUUGUGUUUGUGCACAGGUUUGUGUAUGAGUUUUAUCCAUCUCCUGUUCUUUUGUUCUGUCCUGUGUUUCAAAUAAUCCAAAAACACCAGGGGGUCAAGCGUGGUAUUACACAAUGUGCUGGUCAGACAUGGUCUCUGAUCGAUUAAUUGAUAAACUAAGAGUGAGAGGAUGAGCAUAGAUAUAGAGGACAGAGGGGAGACACGGGGAGAUCUCUUCCCUCGCUCCCUCUGUGUCUAUGCCUACAGUGCAGACUUCAGCAGUUUCACAAUCCCCAACUGGCCGGCCGACCAGCCGUGUAGGCCGUGCUGCUCCGUUCCACUCACACAUGAACAGCAGCAGUACAACAACAGGAAAGGGCCUCCUCUGCUUCCACUUGCAGGUCCUGUCUCCAACCUCCCUGGGGGUGGAUCUUGUUAUUAUCAUUAAUAACUGAGGCUCGCGCAGAGAUAAACCUUCAGCAUUCCAAAACUCUCCGUUUUGUUUACGAGAUAGUGUUGCAAGAACAGAUAAAUUUGGGGCUUAUUUUAAGGGUUUUCAAUUUUAGACAGAGACCUGCUCAUCACAAGGAGGAGCCACUGUCUCUGAUUUAAGACUGACAUCUAGUGGCGAAUACAGAGCAUUGCGACAAGUGUUUCCUUCACCAAAUAUUUUUCUUUUACUGAGGGCUACUGUGUGUGUGUAUGUAUAUAUAUAUAUAUAUAUAUAUAUAUAUAUAUAUAUAUAUAUAUAUAUAUAUAUAUAUAUAUAUAUACAUGUUCAAUAAUAAGUUAAGAUUAUGAAUUAUGAAGAAGACAGAUCUGACUUUUUUCAUUAAAGGACCAAAAAACGAAAACAGUUCAAGAUCUCUAGCUAGAAAUCCUUUAAAAUAUCUGUAAAUAUCAAAACUAUAUAUAAUUUCAUCAACCAUUGUAUGAAACAUACUGGUUUUUUGGGGGUUUUUUUUGCCAAAGAUCUAUGAAUAAAUGAUAUUUGACAUGUUUGGAUGCAUUUUGGACAUUUUCUGUGGUUGUGUUGGUUACAUUGCAAGCUACAAAAAGUGAUGUUGUGUUAAAUACUCUUUUUUUAAAAAAGUAUAUCUUGCAGUAACUUUGGUCUGUCAUGACAGAUUAUGAAAAGUACAGAAGCAAAAUUACUCAUUUUGUUUAAAUUAACAUUUAAAUUUCUGAUUUUCCAGGUGGACGGAGGAAGAAUGAGCGCAGAGAACGAAGGAAUCGCAACAACCGCAAGGACAAAGAGAAUCCAGAGGGGCGGCGAGAGAGGAAGAGAGAGAGGGAGAGGGACACAGCUGAACGUGAAGACUCUGAUAACAGGAACAAAACAGAGCACCGGCAUCGAAGAGGCCAUGACACAAACCCCACCUCUCCUGCUGACGGCCUUGUACAGUAGUGCUCUGGACAACAGACAAGCUUGCUCCUCAUCAUUCUCCUUCUGUUAUCACCCAGUACUUCUCUCUCCAAAGAUCCCCAUCCUUACCCUCUGGUCACUCCCCCUCUAUGACCCCUCUCUGCAGGGGUGUUGCUGCUACCUGUAUGAUUUGAAUCUAAUGUUUAUGCACAAGCAGGUUUGGGCACAGUCAGUUUUGAGGCUCAGGCCACAACAGACUUUGAAAAAGUCAUUUUUUUUAAAACUCCCCAUAGCCUCUGCUCCUUCACCUUCACCACUGAGAGAGUGUCUCUGCUGAACAGUGCAGGAGACACUGCUGAGACUGCUGAUGGGACUGAAACAAAGUGAGAAACUGUGUGGAGGGCUGACAGACAGAUGGACAAAGACUUUACACUCUAUGUGCUUGUUGAUAUGGUUAUUUAAUGGGGCCCUGAUACAACAUCGCGCAUCUUGAUUUUGAAUGUAGAUUUUGCAACAUAAUGUAGAGCAAUUGUUUAUUAUUGUUGUUCCUGUUCUUUAGAUCUCCUUACUUUAUUUUAUUUGGUGCAGAAUUUGUAAAGACAAAAUAAAAGUGAGCUUGCUGUUGCCAUAAUGUGACACGAUCACAAUAACUGCAAAUGACAGAGGUGAGAGUCAAAGCAUCAAAAACUGAAACCAUAAACAUGUUCUGUAUGUCUUGGACAAAAGCUAGUUUUAUCUCAAUGUGAUAAAGCUAAUUUACCAGUGGUUUUUCUUUUUUUGUGUAAAUGAAAUCUGUGCUCUCAGUAAAGCUCCUUGAAUAGGAAACAAAAGCACCCGUAUGUCAAAUAAAACUAUAAUGGGUUUGUACCCGUGUCUGUUA